AUGUCGACUCAGCCAAACUCGCGCCAGGCUGCCAACUCGCUCUCAACUCCUUCACAACAGGGUACACUCGCGUAUGCUUAUCGACGAUCGGUCGUUGCACUUCAAAGCGUGUUUGGCGGCAACACAGAUUCGCAAUACGCCGAACGAGAGCCGCUACUGAACGGUGAUGAGCUCCAAGCCAACGCUGGCGCAUCGGCUUCAAACGGCAACGCCGGUUACGGUGCCGUAGCCUCGGCGUCACGUUCACAAUCGUCGCGUCCUCGCAUCCGCAAACCCAAAAAGGUCAUCUCGCAAAGCAAGGUGGAAGCCAAGGUGUGGUUCGCCAACGAACGUACCUGGAUUUCGUGGUUGCGCGUCUCGAUCCUGAUCGGUUCUUUUGCGCUUGCCCUGUUCAACUCGGACACGUUUUUCAAGGACCACGCGGACAAGCAUCGCGAUCAUCGCUCCAACUACCUCUCCUCGGGCUCCAUCAAGGCGUUUGGUGCUGUCUACGCUGGUAUCGCCGUUCUCACUCUGCUGUGGGGCUUGUACAGCUACCAGCGACGUGUGACGCUGAUCAAGACAAAAUACCCGGGCAACUUUGACGACCUCAUUGGCCCACCGCUCAUCUGCGCUGCUCUCUUUAUCGCCGUGUUGCUCAACUUUGUCAUCCGUGUCAAGCAGCACAAUUACGAGUCACACCAUUGA